CGGGGGCGUGGCUUCAUGUUCCCACGCGAUUGGUUAGCCGUCUUCCAGGCACGCGCAGACAGCCCCCUUCCCCGCCCCGCCUUCGCACGGUCUUCUGGGAGUUGUAGUUCAGACUCCUGCCCUAACCCGGCCGCGGGUCGUCGGCUCGGACAUCUGAGUCCGUCCUGGCCUUCGGCUCUGGGCUCAGAGGAUGGAUCCAGGACCCGGAACCGACACGGCGCCGCUGGCUGGCCUGGUCUGGUCGUCGGCUUCGGCGCCUCCGCCACGGGGAUUCAGUGCGAUCUCCUGCACCGUGGAAGGGACGCCCGCCAACUUCGGCAAGAGCUUCGCGCAGAAGUCUGGCUACUUUCUGUGCUUCAAUUCUUUGGGCAGCCUAGAGAGGCCUCUGUGUCCAAGAAGAAACGCAUGUGUAUGAAGCUGGUGCCCCUGGGGGCUGCAGACACAGCUGUGUUUGAUGUCCGGCUGAGUGGGAAGACCAAGACGGUGCCUGGAUACCUGCGAGUAGGGGACAUGGGAGGCUUUGCCAUUUGGUGCAAGAAGGCCAAGGCCCCCAGGCCGGUGCCCAAGCCCCGAGCUCUCAGCCGGGACAUGCGGGGCCUCUCCCUGGACCCACCUGCCCAGCCCAGCAAGGGCGGCUUUCCAGAGCGGACCCUGUCCCGGGUUGGCUCUCGGGCAUCUACUCUGCGGAGGAGCGACUCCAUCUACGAGGCCUCCAACCUCUAUGGCAUCUCAGCCAUGGAUGGUGUUCCCUUCACACUGCACCCGCGAUUUGAGGGCAAGAGCUGUGGCCCCCUGGCCUUCUCUGCCUUUGCCGAUCUGACCAUCAAGUCACUGGCGGAUAUUGAGGAGGAGUAUAACUACGGCUUUGUGGUGGAGAAGACUGCGGCUGCGCGCCUGCCCCCCAGCGUCUCGUAGCCCUUGGUCAGCCCCAGGGAAGAGCCCCCCCUGCCGGACACCCGGGACUGGCAGCCACCCCGCCCCACAGCAUCUUGGGAAUCUCAGUGGCGCAGGGCAUUUUAGACCCUCAGCCACGCAGCGGAGCGACAGCCCUGGAGAAGGGAGCAGGACCGGCCCUCUCGGUGAUGGGGUCCAUCGCCACUGGGCCCUGCAGGGCAGGGGUGGGGGCUGGACGGAAACCAGUGCCUUCAAGUCAUUUGUGUCAAAACUCUGGUGCCUGGAGGCCACGCGGGCGUCCUCCUGGCAAUAAACACCGCCCUGCGCUCGCCGUCUGGAGUCCUGAUCCCGGCCGCCGGUCCUCUGUGGCUCAAGGUGUUCACUACGCACGCGCGGCACGAGCCAGGGGGCGGAGGUGCCCCCAGUGCAGGACAUCUAAGGCGGCGCUGCCACCACUCGCCUUCUACAGAGGGGGAAUCAGGCUCCGCGAGUGCCUGAGCCAGGGACAUAGGUCACAGAGAAGACCUGGUCCGCCCCUCCAGCAUUGUGCAAAACGCGAAUAAUCGUUUCAGUCACGUUUAUAUUGCGGGGACCUCAGCCCCAACACCUGAUGCGCAGCGUCUCUUUCAGUCUUCCCGCACCCCGGUGGGAAGCCCCGGUUUUGUCGCGUUUUACGGAGCGGGAAACUGAGGCAGGGGCCGCUAAGGUCACAGCUGGGAUCUGAACCCAGGGCCUGCUGUCUGAACUUUCGAGCUGCUCUACGUGUCUCUUUUCCUCUGCCGGGUGACGGGCGCCCCCCGUCCAUUCUCAUUAUUGGCGGUAGUUAGGUCCCUUAAUGUCACAGCGAAAACUGAGUUAGGGAGUACCGGAUUCCGUGGGGGGUUCCUACCAGCCUUUGGUCACAUUUUUGUCAAGCAAUCGGUACCGGGCCUUGUUUUGUGUGUCUUUCAAGACCCCGUGUUUAAUACAUACCGCUGAUUAGUUAAUGUUGAA